AGCCACGACCGCCACCGCCAGGCAGAGGAGGAGUUCGCGGGGACGGGGGAGCCUCCUCCCCUCGGAGCGUCUGCCGUCUGCUGCUGGGAAAGCAGAACCGAGGAUAAAGGAGGCGGAAAGAGAGAAGGGAGAGUGCGGACGGCGACGGCGACGGCGACGUGAACGAUCUGAAUAGUGAUGGCACAUAUUUCAGUCUGAAUUGCUCAGUGAGCUGUGGAUUGAUGGAACUAUAAACAUUCCCGUCCUGAUGUACACCUCGAAGGCCCUUCACUGCACCUGUAUUCCGAUUAGAGGCUGAAUAAGUGACAUUCAGAACUUCCACUAAGGUACUAUAAGCUUUCUGUGGUGAUAUGGCAUCUGUUUUGUUUCUACAAGAGAAAUUCAGCGCACAGCAGAGUCCUUGAUAAAUUGGAUUGGUUUGAUGGUCCUACCUGGAAUAGGCAGUGACUGAGAAGCCAGAAGUGUCGACCUGUCCCACAAACCGCUGCCUAAUCCACGUCUUGGUCUCACACUACCAUCAGGAGCAAACAGAUUUCAUAAUUGAUAGGUCAAUGGAGUGAAACACAGCGCAGACUCUGAUCAUGCUGGCCCAUGCAAGAGGAUGUGGAAACAACUCUCUGACUCAUCUUUUAAUGAGACUGAACAUGAGCAUCAGCAUCAGCACAACUGAGUUCACAGCACAGCUCUGCCAUUGACAAACCUGUUGGACCUUAGACUAUGUCCGAGAAUCACAAUGACCUUGCACACUAACAGUACAACCUCGCCUUUGUUUCCAAACAUCAGCUUGUCCUGGGUGCAUGGCCCCUUGGACGCAGGGCUGCCUCCAGGCACCGUCACUCACUUCGGCAGCUACAACAUUUCUCAGGCAGCUGGAAAUUUGUCCUCCUCAAAUGACACCACCAGUGACCCGCUGGGAGGUCACACCAUCUGGCAGGUGGUCUUCAUUGCAUUCCUAACGGGCAUCCUGGCCUUGGUGACCAUCAUCGGCAACAUCCUGGUGAUCGUGGCCUUCAAGGUCAACAAGCAGCUGAAGACAGUCAAUAACUACUUCCUCUUAAGUCUGGCCUGUGCGGAUCUGAUCAUUGGGGUCAUCUCCAUGAACCUGUUUACCACCUACAUCAUCAUGAAUCGAUGGGCUUUGGGAAACCUGGCCUGUGACCUGUGGCUCUCCAUCGACUACGUGGCUAGCAACGCCUCCGUUAUGAAUCUCCUGGUCAUUAGCUUUGACAGGUACUUUUCCAUUACGCGGCCACUCACCUACCGAGCCAAAAGAACCACAAAAAGAGCUGGAGUGAUGAUAGGCCUGGCAUGGGUCAUCUCUUUCAUCCUCUGGGCUCCUGCCAUCUUGUUCUGGCAGUACUUUGUCGGGAAGAGAACUGUGCCCCCCGGAGAGUGCUUCAUUCAGUUCCUCAGCGAGCCCACCAUCACGUUCGGCACGGCCAUCGCUGCCUUCUAUAUGCCCGUCACCAUCAUGACUAUUUUAUACUGGAGGAUCUAUAAGGAGACCGAGAAACGUACCAAAGAGCUUGCCGGGCUGCAGGCGUCUGGGACGGAAGCAGAGGCCGAGAACUUCGUCCACCCCACAGGCAGCUCUCGAAGCUGCAGCAGCUAUGAGCUCCAGCAGCAGAGCCUGAAACGCUCGGCCAGGAAGAAGUACGGCCGCUGCCACUUCUGGUUCGCCACCAAGAGCUGGAAGCCCAGCACCGAGCAGAUGGACCCAGACCACAGCAGCAGUGACAGCUGGAAUAACAACGACGCCGCUGCCUCCCUGGAAAACUCUGCCUCCUCCGAUGAGGAAGACAUCGGCUCUGAGACAAGAGCCAUCUAUUCGAUCGUGCUCAAGCUGCCCGGUCACAGCACCAUCCUCAAUGCCACCAAAUUACCCUCAGCAGACAACCUGCAGGUGCCUGACGAGGAGCUGGGGCUGGGAGACUUGGACAGGAAAGGCAGCAAGCUGCAGGCCCAGAAGAGCCUAGACGAUGGAGGCAGUUUCCAGAAGAGCUUCUCCAAGCUUCCCAUCCAAUUAGAGUCAGCCGUGGACCCGACCAAGAUGUCUGAGGUCAACUCCUCAGCAGGGAAGACCACGGCCACUCUACCUCUGUCCUUCAAGGAAGCCACCCUGGCCAAGAGAUUUGCUCUCAAGACCAGAAGUCAGAUCACCAAGCGGAAACGGAUGUCCCUCAUCAAGGAGAAGAAGGCGGCUCAGACCCUCAGUGCCAUCCUGCUAGCCUUCAUCAUCACCUGGACCCCCUACAAUAUCAUGGUUCUGGUGAACACCUUUUGUGACAGCUGCAUACCCAAAACCUAUUGGAAUCUGGGCUACUGGCUGUGCUACAUCAACAGCACGGUGAACCCCGUGUGCUAUGCGCUGUGUAACAAAACAUUCAGAACCACUUUCAAGAUGCUGCUGCUGUGUCAGUGUGACAAACGCAAGCGGCGCAAGCAGCAGUACCAGCAGAGACAGUCGGUCAUUUUUCACAAGCGCAUGCCCGAGCAGGCCUCGUAGAGGGAGGCUCUGUCCAUCGCAGUGACCAAACGCACACAUCAACCCACAAACCUUAGGGGAGUGUGAGCUGAGGGUGGGGGUGAUUUCCAAGGGUGAUAAAAAUGGAUUGUUUUUUUUAAUCACCCAGAUAUAAAGGAAGCUGCCUGUUUACUGACCCAUUGAAUAAAUCCAUCUUAAUAUAGAAAGUCAAAUACCAAUUCAGCAAAAAAGAAAAUAAAGCGUCUUACCGAAUACAAAGAAAUUUAUCCUGAAAUAGACUUCUAAGGUGUUUUUUUCUUAAAGAGGAAAAGAAAAAUUGUUUCAUAGCAAUUACAUACCCAAAUUGAUCUGCUGGGUUCUUUGAGUUCCCAUGACCACUGGAAUCUCAGAGGCACAGACCUAGCUGACUCAGUUGCCAUGUUCCUUCCGAGAUCCCAAACGUGGUGAUCUGCAUCCCAUGUGGAACACAUCAGGCUAGUGAAUCCAUGGUUCUGAAAUUCUUUCAUACGUUGCAAAGCUGAACCUCCUUGUCCCAGUAGAGCUUUCUGUCUUUCUUUGGUGUGUGUUGUUAAACCCCAUCUGUGGACUUGAUUCUUGCAAAGUACUGUUUUGUGCAGUUCCAGUUUCAUACCAAUAAAAAUAUAGAAGUAUAUAUAUGUCUGUGUGUGUG